CUACAAACGCGGCGGUGCAGGUGCUCUGUCUCUUCGGGAGAGAGGAUGCGGAUGGAAGGACGGGGGAGGGAAGGGAUGAAGGGAAACGCCACGAGGAAAGAGAAUAGGAUAUGAUAGAGGAAAAAAUAAAGGGGGGCCUUUAUUGGUUUUUUUUUGUUUUUUUUUUUUGGAAAGCUAAGAGACCGUGAGGUGCAAGGUCGAAUAUGAGAGACUGGUUGAACGGGGCACUUUGCGUGGUAAUAGCUGGUCGGCAAUAGUACUAUGAUUUGGUAUGUGGCCACUCUGAUAGCAAGUGUAUUCAGCACCAGAGGAACGGCCGCUCAAGGUGCCCACGGAGUGAGAGAGGAGCCCCGGUUUGUGACGGCUCGCGCUGGAGAGAGCGUGAUCCUGGGGUGUGACGUGUCCCCUCCCCUGGAUGGCCAGCAGCCCCCCUAUGUGGUGGAGUGGUUCAAGUUUGGAGUGCCUAUACCCUUCUUCAUCAACUUCCGCUUCUACCCUCCCCAUGUGGAUCCAGAGUACACUGGUAGAGCCUCUCUGCACGGGAAGGCCUCCCUGCAGAUUGAUCCGGUGCGCUCCGAGGACCAGGGCUGGUACGAGUGCAGGGUCCUGAUGCUGGAGCAACAGUUCAACACCUUCCACAACGGCAGCUGGGUGCACCUCACAGUCAAUGCCCCGCCUUCAUUUACAGCGACGCCGCCACAGUAUGUGGAGGCAAAGGAAGGGGGAAGCACUCUGCUUAGCUGCUCUGCCCAGGGAAAUCCAAAACCAAUGAUCAGCUGGCUGAGGGAGGGGGAGGAGCUCGCAACCAACGCAAAAUACUCGGUACAUGAUGGCAGUCUAACCAUUCUUGGCAUCACCAGAGAUGACAGAGGGGCGUACACAUGCCGAGCCUACAGCGACCAGGGAGAAGUGCUCCACACUACCCGUCUGUUGGUUCAAGGGCCUCCAUACAUCGUCUCACCACCCGAAAACGUCACUGUAAACAUAUCCCAGAAUGCACUCUUCACCUGCCAAGCGGAGGCGUAUCCCGGCAACCUGACCUACACCUGGUUUUGGGAAGAGGAUAACGUCUACUUCAAGAAUGAUCUGAAGCUCCGAGUGCGCAUUCUCAUCGACGGCACCCUUAUCAUCUUCCGGGUCAAGCCGGAGGAUGCUGGGAAAUACACCUGCAGUCCGAGCAACAGCCUCGGUAUCUCGCCCUCAGCAUCAGCCUACCUGACUGUUCAGUACCCUGCCCGAGUGAUCAACAUGCCCCCGGUCAUCUACGUCCCACGGAAACUGCCAGGCAUCAUCCGCUGCCCGGUGGACGCCAACCCACCCGUAACAUCAGUGAAGUGGGAGAAAGAUGGAUAUCCACUUAGAGUGGAGAAGUAUCCCGGUUGGAGCCUGAUGCCAGAUGGAAGUAUCCGGGUGGCGGAGGCCACAGAAGACUCCCUGGGCACCUACACCUGUGUGCCUUACAACGCCCUGGGUACCAUGGGCAUGUCCCCCCCUGCCACUUUGGUGCUAAAGGAUCCCCCUUACUUUAAUGUGAGGCCUGGGGGGGAGUACCGUCAGGAGGCUGGUAGAGAACUAGUAAUCCCCUGUGCUGCUUCUGGAGACCCUGAUAUACCAACCAUCACCUGGAGAAAGGUGGGGAAGCCAAGCAGGAGUAAGCACAACAUCCUACCCAGUGGCAGCUUACAGUUUCUGUCCCUCAGCAAGGAGGACCACGGAGAAUGGGAGUGUGUAGCCACCAAUGUGGUCACAAGCAUCACUGCCAGCACGCGUAUCCUAGUCAUCGGCACCAGCCCACAUGCUCCUGGCAAUAUCCAUGUAUUGCCCUCAACAACCUCUGCUAAUGUGUCCUGGGAACCAGGUUAUGAUGGCGGCUUCGAACAGACAUUCUCUGUGUGGUACGGUCCAGUGUCAAAGAGAAUAGACUUCGGUCCUCACGACUGGCAUUCGAUGCCAGUUUCUGGUGCUCAGACCUGGUUGGUGGUGCCAGGGCUGGAGCCUGGGACGGAGUACCAGUUCAGUGUGCUGGCACAGAACAAACUGGGCACGGGCCCAUUCAGUGAAGUUGUGACAGUCAACACUGCAGGCUCUCCUCUGGGUACCCCAGAACCACUGGUGCUUCUUACUCCACCACGGUGCCUCACAGCCAAUCGCACGCAGCACGGUGUCCUCCUCACAUGGCUCCCUCCAGCCAACCACUCCUCACCCAUCGACCGAUAUAUCAUGGAAUUCCGCCUCGGGGAGAGGUGGGAGGUUUUGGAUGACUUGAUCCCGUCCACUGAGACUGAGCUCAUAGCCAGAGACCUCGUUCAGGAGUCCUGGUAUGAGUUUCGAGUGAUGGCCGUCAUGGAUGACCUGAUCAGUGAGAGCAGCAAUGUAGUGGGAGUGUCCAGCACAGAUCCCUUCCCUCCUGCGGAGAUGCCUGAUGAGGGGCUGGCGCGUCCUGUGGUGGCCGGUGUUGUGGCAACUAUCUGCUUCCUGGCAGCGGCCGUACUGUUCAGCACUCUAGCCGCUUGUUUCGUCAAUAAGCAACACCGUCGCAAACUCAAGCGUAAACCAGAUCCUCCCUUGUCGGUGACACACUUCAGGAAAAGCAUUGAGUCGCCGCCUCCUCUCACCCCCUUGCCAGGGGUAGAGCCCUGCUGGGACGAGCCUGCCAGGAGCAGUUUCUUGCCCCCGCCGGCCAGCCCCCUGUUAUCAUCGGGGAAGAUAAGUCCAGAGAGCUCCCCUCCAUCUCGGCCCCGCUCACUUUCAUCAGAGGGUUCCCACGGUCCCGGCCUGUACGUCAGGAAGCUGCCCAGCCCUCAGAGAGAAAGAGAAAAAGAGCUCUCCUUCUACAAGAAAACCAAGCGUGCCAUAGCCAGCAAGAAAUACAGUGUCUCCAAACAUGAGGCAGAGGUCACCACGCCUAUUGAGCUGAUAAGCCGCGGCCCUGAUGGCCGCUUCGUCAUGGAGACCAGCCCACCUCCCCGCCGCAUCCAGGGCUUCCCCUUCGCAGAGGAGUCUGACAUGUACCCUGAGUUCCGGCAGUCCGAUGAGGAGAAUGAUUUUGACCCCGGGCCUCUGCCGCCCAUCAUGCCCACGCUGCGGCCUCAGCUCUCCCCAACGUCCUCCAGCCUGGAGUCAACGCAGCCCCCCACCUACAGCCCCCGCCUACACAGGCCCAUGGAAGGUAUGAGCUUUGCAGAGGGCAGUGCACUUCACGCCUCAGGGCAGGCCCCGGCCUCCCGCUACAGGGGCUUUCCCCAGGGCCCAUUCUAUGGGUAUCUAGGCAGCCGCGCUGAAUCAGGGAUUCCACCACCAUUCUACAUGCCUGACAUCAGCCCGCGUAGCUCCGCUCUGUCCUCACCCCCAGGCACCGCCGAAGGGCCCUUUGGUUACCCCUCCAUCCCCGAGGAGGUUGGAGAGAUGGAGCACCAUCAGUACACUGCCUCUGGCCAUUCUCUGUCUCACACACACAGCCCUCCUCCUCGCUCACCUGAAAGCUGGCAGCCUCAUGAGUUACCCUUUUUGGGCCUAGAGGGCCCACGGUUCAUAUAUCCUCCUCACCAUCCUUUACAUCAUCCCCAGGACCUCCCUGACCCACCCCCAUACCCUCCUCACUCUCUCCCCCCCAGUCGCCUGCACCUCCCGUCCCUAAAGGAUCCAACAAGCCCUGGACUCCUGCAGCUGGAGGUCCCUGUGGCUCCCCCAGGCAGAGACAGGCCCCUGGGGCCUCCGGUUAGGCGUUUAGCUAUGCAACAGGCCCAGAGUCUCGGCCAGCUCAGACACACGGCCCACGGUGUGGGUGUACCAGUGUUGCCUUACCCUGACCCGGCAGCCCGUACAGGGAGCCCAAGCACAGCCCCCAGUAGUAGCCCUCAGUCCUGGCUCAGCCCGAGGGCGGGGCGCCGGGCAGACCCCAGCCUACCCCCGCUAGUACUCCAGCCCUCCCGUCUCUCUCCACUCUCCCAGAGUCCCCUUAGCACCCAGCCGGGUUCCCCAGAUAUUUUAGUGCGGCCCCCUCCACGGCCCAGCAUCCUCCGCACCUCUCGGUCUCUGGAGAUGCCUGAGAUCACCCUGCAGCCCUCGGCCACUGUCAGUUUCUCCCGAAGGUCCUCCCUGACCGCCUCUCCCACUCAGAGCCAGGGCGCCAAGCAACCCAGCCCCAGUUACCACGCCCACAUGUCCUAUGCCUCCACUGCAGCCAGUUACCCCUCUCAGUCCCCCUCUCCCCCUCCGGAGGGCAGGGAUGUUUUCGGGCAGAGGCCAUCCCAGAGAAGGACAGAGGAGGAGAUGCUACCCUCAGAGCCCUCCCAGCUCCAGAUAUCAGCCUCAGGGGAACCUCUAGGUGCGUCUAGUGAUACUGCCGGGUCUGAGAGCUUACCAGCACUGCUACACCACUGUAUAACUAAAGCCAAGGGAGUGGCUGCCAACAACAAUAACAAUACAACCUCCAGAAGGAGAACAGACGUGUCUCCCUCUCAGACUCAGCAGCAAUCUCAGACACCCCAAGAGGGCGAGGAUCUCACCUUCCACAGAAAGAGGAAAAGGCAAAACAAGAAGAACCCCUAUCUCUAUUUGACCUCCUUCCUGCACCGCAGGCAGUCUGAGGAGGACCAGACAGGCAUCCUGGCCAGUGCAGACUCUGAGGGCCCAAAUUAUGGGACUUUACGCUGACCCGUGUGCCCACCAAGCCAUUGGACUCGACUAAACUGACCUCCCCCUGAAAAAGCCCCGCUGCAGCCCUCCCUGCUCCACCUCAGUAUCAAACACAUUUCUUAUAAUCUCUAAAAGUUCAUGUGGGGAGCGGGAAACAUCGAGCUGAAUACUCCGGGGGUUGGAAAUCCCAUCUGAAGACAAGAACAAUGGCUUUUCUCAGUUGUCACCACCACUCGUCUCUGAGGAAUUUCACUUGAAAAUGCUCUUUAAAUAUAUAAUGUAUAUAAAUAGUAAAACAAGGGAAUUAAGCUUCCUCUUACAGUAAUAAAAAUGUGUUGGUUGAGUAUGUCACAACACGUGAAGGAUUUUUCACUCACUGGUCAUUGAGGGGUCCAUAUCUUUAGGUUUUUCAGCGAUACAGCGUACUGUUAAGCCUGGUGCGUCCUCGGACAGGGACAUGAGUCUACCUUUCCUACAAUACAAAUAGUGUCAGUAUUUAAACACAGGGUUCUUACCACAAAAUAUACCUCAGAGUAAACGCAGAGUUGCUGUAAUUCUUGUGGUAUACUGUACGUACUUUACCUUUUUACAUAUGAAACGUAUGGAUAAAAAGGUUUAUAUCACACACCACUCUCAUUCAAAUGGAUAAUAUGGCCUAACUUUAUCUGAUUUAGAAGCUUUUUAUUAUCGGUAAUAGCUGGCAUAUUGUGUUUCUUUUGAUUUGUGAUCCGAUGCCAACCAAUAGAGGACAGUGUCUUAAUUUUAGUGCUGGAUGGCUCAGUGUGUUUACACUCAUCGCUGCAGCGCUGCUUUAAGACAGUCAUCAUAGCCUUCAUUAGAUCUCAAACGAAUCUGGGACUUUCUGCUCAACAGAGGUUGGACUUAAAGGGUCAGAGGAGUGGGGUGACAAAAUUGUGAAGUGUACUGUAGUAUGUAACUCAUUGUUAAGGAAUCAUUUGUGAAAUGUGGCACGUCUUGAGGUGCCUUUUUUUUUUGCCUUUUUCUCUGUUGUUUUUCUAACAUAAACUGCCUUUUUCCUUCGCCUUCUCAUAUUCGUCUCUCUGGAGGAGUGAGGGACUCCGAUAUUAUAUGUGUGGUUUUACUUUCUCUGCCAAGGACACGAGAGAAAAUGCUAGAGAGGAAUGCGUAACUGUUGUUUUGUUUUCUUUUAACAUGGGUACCUGCUUCAACUGUGUAUAUCCAAGUAAUGGAACAGGACCAAAAAAAAAAAAUGCAGAUGUUUAGAUUUGGGGGGAGGGGAGAAAAAAACAAGACAAAUAAUACAUUUUUGCUGUAGUGGAAAAGUACUGAAGCGCUGUAUGUGCAAAAAAGAUUUCAUGCAAAGCGGUACAGUGAGGAUGUUAAUGUUUAACUGCAGCUGUUAGAGGAGAAUGUGAUUGCUUCAUAAAGCUGUUAACAAGCAAUGGGAAAUAUUCAAACAAGCCACCCUGACUGUUUAUCUUUAACAACUGUAUAUUACUUGCUAGCUACUUCUCUGUAUGUUUGUUAAUUUUUCAACACUAACCGAUAAUGAAUGUAUGUUUUGCUGUACAGGAAAUGAAUGUCCCAAUGUCACAGUACAUUGAAUGACCCAAUAUGUUGCUUACAAUGCAGCUGCGAUCUGAUCCAGUCGGCACAUCAAGUCCAAAUUCCUGUAUUACCGUCCCACACAGGUUCUGAGCCAAGUUCCCGUUUGCUCUUACGGCUACAAAAGAAGAAAAAAAUACAAGUUUUCAUUGUGUUGCUAAAGCUAGUUCAAUCACUCAGAGACAUAUCAAACCGAUUUUCCACCUGCUACCAACAAAUCAAAAGUUUUCCGCGAAAUAUCCACAUGAAUGAAUCGACUCAAUGUCUGCUAAAUGAAAUCUUUUGACAAGUGAGAAAGUAGUGAUUGCCUGAAAGUGAGCAUCAAAGUGAAUAUUCUACUUUAACAAAUUGGUUUCGUGUAAGAUACGAGGAAAAAAAAUCUAUAUUUGUUAUGUACUGUACAUGGUGUGUAUUGUAUUUGUAAAGAUAAAUCAAACCAUGUUUUACAGGAAGACGUUCUUGUAUGAGGAUGUAUGAAAAGACGGGAGGGAUCCCACGGAAAAAGAAAUUAGAUUAUAUAUAAAAGUAUUUGCUUACAGUACGGCUUUAAGUGGAUAAUGUUUUUAAAACAUUUUAAGGUGCCUAAUUUGUCAUACUUUAGCAGACAUUAUUUUAUCUGAGAAGAAAAGAAACCUUAGUGUUAGUACCGUACAGUGUAUUAUUGCCAUAGCCUGCUGGCUGCACAAGUUGAGUAGUAUUUUCUCUGAUGUAUAGUACGUGAAUGCCCAUUGGAAAAAGCUUUAGAAGCAGAAGUGUGUUGCCCUCUAUAAUAUUUCUGGAACAAAGUAAUACUGUAUUUUGCCCGUUCAUGAGCACACAUGUAGAUUCACUCCAGAUCUCUCCGCCUUCACGUGUCCAAAGCAAAUAAACUGACGGAAACUUUUUUCUAAGAGUCAAGGACAUGCUAUAGUCAUGUACAAUACGUGCUGUCGAGGAAAUUGUGUUUACAUUAGUUUGAUGACAAAAAGUGUGUUAGGGCAUAGUUGCUUUGAACAUUACGACUUGGUGCUAUGUUUAACUUUGUGGUGCUGUAGAUUAGAGGUCUCAAGAUUUCUUUUUUUUUUCUGUUUCCACAAGCAUCUCUUUCGGCCCUGUGUGUGUGCGUGUGUGAGCAACUAAACUAGCUCCGGUAGACACUGUAGGUCCUUAUCAUAACAGUAUCAUGGUGUGACGACAGUGAUAGACAAUACUGGAAAGUAGUAGUAUAACCUCAAAUAAUAGAGGCUUGUGACAUUCAAAAAUGAACUCAAGAUGACCUGUUUUCUAUCGUGUGUUUGCAAUGUCUGUCUGUGCUUCCAAGGUACCCUCUCUAAAGUAUAUUUGUGAUGAUAUUCAGAAUAUUAGCCCAGCCUAAAAAGGAGAAAACAUAACCUGAUUUAGAUUAGUACCCACUGCAGGACACAUGGGAGGGAAUCAGAGAGGUCACGAGGGGAUCUUUUCUACACACUUCCUUGUAGGUCUUUGGUUAACAGCACUGUUUUUCAAGCACACUACUGCAGGGGCGUAAGCGUCUCAUGUCAUCCCACCACCUUUUUGAAGGUAGAGAUUCCUACUAAUACUGUACAGUAUAGCCAUGAGUAGUCAUCAGUCCACAUUUGUAUUUAUUCUCCUGGUGGAAAGGUAUUGGGAAAAGCUCGUGCAUCCUCCCCAUGGGUUUUUUAACGAAUGGAUGUUGUCUUCCGGGCUUUUUUUGUUUCGUUUUUCUUUGCAUAAUCAACAGAAACAUGUACAGUGUUUAAGAGGGCUGCUUUGGACGUACUGUUAGCUCAGUUUUGAUUCUUCUUUUUUUUUGGUUCCAACUUUUUCUGCUUACAGCUUUUAGUGCAUCACUAGGUGCUGGUAGGAUGAUACUUAGAACAGAUUUGAUUUUUUAUUGUAUUAUUCUUGCAUGUAGAGACAAUACAAAAACGCCUAUUUAGCAAUCAUUCAUGGACAUCGAGCUGGUUGUAAUUGGACGGAAAAUAGAAAUAUGUAGUAUUUUCUAUAUUCUCUGUUUUUUCAUGUGUACCAGCACUGAGAAACUAGAAUGUAUUAUUAUCGUAGGCUACAAUAAGCACUACAUCAUUGACUGUUUUAGCUAAUGCUCAUACUCAAGCAAACCAAGUAGUGCUUAAAGGAAGAAAAUUUACUACAUUUCAUUUCACCUUCAUCCACUUAACUCUGCUGUACAUCACAUGUUUACAUUCUGUAUUAUAUGUUUCUGUUUCUUUAUUUUUGUGCAUAAUCUGUCUUCAUAAUGUUCAUAUGUAAAUAUUUCAAAGCAAAAACAUGUUUGUUUUUUUUACUUUUCUCUAAAUGAUAACCUGAUUUUUCUGUUAUUUUUUGUUGUUUUUUUAGACUUGUCAUUCUGUUCUGUCACUUCAUCAGGUAUUUACGCUUCACUUAACUUUUUGUGAGCAAUUAACUCAUACUGUAUGGUGCUGUACCAAAGCCUUAUGUAAAAUAUUUGUAUUACUUUUCUCUCGUUUGCCACUGCUGUCCAGUGAAUUCUGUAUCGUCUGAGAUCAUGUCUUACUCACUCUUCAUGCUCAACUGCCAUGGAUCUCGUUUCUUUAUUGAGUAAACAGAAACCUGAAUGAACUAUGAUGUUAAAAAUAAGAAUUUAAAAAAACCCACUCUGGCCUGUUACCAACUGGCCUGUGGAUGUACAGUGACAGGCGCCAUCACAAGCCUUUAUUGGGAAAACGCACAGGCUCACUCCCAGUGGCUCAUCAUGACGUAGACAUGGGCCUAGCACAUGAUCUAUGCUCUAUCUAUGGCAUGUCUGUGAGAAUAUGAAAGAAGUGUUGUAAUCAUGUCACCAUAUCAUUUCAAAUGCUUAGUCCCAUACGAAAUUUUCCUCUCAAAUUUUUGUAUUUUGAUAUAAUAAAAAAAUCAAAAGAG